CCGCUCCCCCAAAAUGCCGCGGCUGAGAUUGUGACACCCCCCCUACACACCUCCCGCCUCCCGGCUACGGAAUCGCGGGGUGCUCCUGCCCCCUUCCCCGGGCCGGGCUUCUCGGAAAGGACUUUGCAAUGCUGCGGCUCCCCAGGGGAGUGUCCCCCGCCCCGGGGAGGGGGGGUACCGCCCUCCUGCCCCCCCCUCCCCACCAGCACCCGAAGAAGGUCACGCCAGUGAUGGGCUCCUGUGAUCCGGGGGCUCCCAGCCUGUGCAGCCCCCCGUUAUCCACGGGCUGUUUGAGCCAGGGCUACACGCCGGCGGCUGUCAGCGCCCCCGCUUCCCGGGGCGGGUGUCUCUGUGACACCCCCCAAGGCCCCGAGCUCAGGACCCUGUGUUCAGCCUCGGCGGGACGGCUGCCGGCCAAGAGGAAGCUGGACCUGGAGGGCCCCGAAUUUCGCACGCCCAAGGGAAAGGGCUGGACACUGGCACAGGUCCCCAGCCCCAGGACCCCCAAGUCUCCCGGGGAGAAAACUCGCUACGACACCUCGCUGGGGCUGCUCACCAAAAAAUUCAUCCGUUUGCUGAACGAGUCUCCCGACGGCGUUGUGGAUCUGAACCGGGCUGCCGAGGUGCUGGAGGUCCAGAAACGUCGCAUCUACGACAUCACCAACGUCCUGGAGGGCAUCCAGCUCAUCCGCAAGAAAUCCAAGAACCACAUCCAGUGGAUGGGGACGGGGAUCUUCGAGGAUGCGGCGAUGCUGGCGAAGCACCAAGCGCUGCGCGGGGAGCUGGCCGAGCUGGCCAGGACAGAGAGGAUGCUGGACCAGCUCGUGCAGGACUGUGCCCUGGAGAUCCAGCAGCUGGCUGACAAUGAGACCAACCAGAGGCUGGCAUACGUCACCUACCAGGACCUCUGUGCCAUCGGCAGCUUCCAGGAGCAGACGGUGAUUGCCGUGAAGGCUCCCCCUGAGACGCAGCUGGAGGUGCCAGACUUCAGCCAGGAGAACUUCCAGCUCCACCUGAAGAGCACCAACGGCCCCAUCGAGGUGUACCUCUGCCCGGAGGAGAUCACGGAGGAAAGCCCCACCAAGGAGCACCCCGCUGUCCCCUCUGCUUCCACCUCCCCACAGGACCGCCCCGUACCCCCUUCCCUGCCCAACAGUUCCUCGUCAGCCCCACAGCCACCCCACCCCACCUCCCAGAGCUGGGGGGGCACAGGAACUCCUCUCUCACCCCCACCCCUGCCUCUCCCCAUCCAGGGGGGCCCCAGCUCACUGCUGGAGAUGGAGCCUGGGCUCCUGGGCUCCCCUGCCCACCUUCUGCAGCAGACGGAGGACCAGCUGCCCUGCACCCCCUCCCACCUGGACUUGGGACCCUUCGUCACCUUCUCGCCCCCCCUGGAACAGGAUGACUACCUCUGGGGGCUUGAGGGCGAGGGUGUCACAGACCUCUUUGAGACAUACGACUUGGGGGACCUGCUGAAGCACUGAGUGUGCCCCCAGCCCCCGUUGCCUUUGUCCCCUCUGGCCACUCGUGUCCUGAGUGCGUGGGGUCUGUGUGGGGUGACUGGAGGCACCGGGGUCUGUAGGGGAGCGCUGGGAUUUUCUGAGGAUGGGGGGUGAGGGGGACUUGUGUUGCUCACCCAGUGUGGCAUCUCUGCACUCGCAUGGUUGGCACCUCACUGGGCUCUGGGAGCGCCCUGGGAUCCAUCCAGGAUCCAUCCCAACAUCUCAGAAAUCCACGGCGCACCGAUGCUUCCCACCAUAACACCCUGGGGAUGCUGGUGGACUGGGAGUGCCUUUGGGUGCCCCAGAUGGGUUAGGGGCACCCUUGGGUGGCAGGGAAACCUCUGCCCACAAUGGGCUGUGUCACGUUUUGGGGUCACUCCGGUUGCUCCUCAGUCAAACUGGUUCUUGAUGGUCACAAGUCAUUCCCAGUGGUGUUUUUUUUCCCUCCCACGGCUGAAAAAUCCUUAAAAAAACCAUGGAGGCAGCAAAGCUGAAGUCUUCUUUGGCUGAGGGAAGGAUGCAGCUCACGUGGCUCUGGCAAAUCUCUGGCCAGGACAUGGAGCCAUAUUCCCUGAGGGGCUGCAGCCCCUCAGCCCCAGCCCACAGCAGCUCCCUCCAGCCUCUUGGAGCUACUGGUGCUGGGAGUAUCAAAACUGGAAUGUACUGGGAAGGGAAUGGCCUGGAGGAGGCCAUGACCUGCAGAGAGGGGCUUGGGCCAAGCCCUGGGACGUGGUGUAGGAAUUGGGCUUUUAAUUGUGCCUUUCCUUGUGAAAUACCCGUAAUUAUUGCACUGUAUUUAUCUGGGUCCCCCCUUUGGUGCGGGGCUGGCGGGGCUGGGAGGGGUUGGAGUUGGCAGUGGGUGUAUUUAAGUUGUCCUUCCUUGGGUUGUUGGUGCUCCUGUAGGUUGGCUCAAGAGAUGGUGUGGGUGAGAAUAGUUUUUGGCCUGGAAAAGC